GCCCAGGCACUGUGUGUCUCCGUCAAAAUGUUGUAGAACAGAGAACUGCUGUGGUAGUGUCCCUGACUCUGAACCAGUGGGGCUGGUGUUCAAGUCUCAUCUGGUCGAGGAUGCUGCCAGACCGGAUGAGUUCCUCCAGCAAUUUCUAUUUUUGUUUUGCUUCAGAUUUCCAGCAUCCGCAGUUCUUUGGGCAACGGCUGUUGCUGAGUGCGGGGGAAACGGUUCAAAUAGCAAAACAACAAAUCCUGCUCUCUCUGCAACAUCUGCGUUCAGAUCUUUAAUUAUAAAACGUGGUCAAGAGUUUUUCAAAUUCUCUUCCUCAAGGUUUGGAAAGCAGAGCGUUUGGACUUUUCUAAAGUGGCGAUGAAGUCCCUGAUUUUCCUCUGCAUGCUAGCUGUCUGUGGCUCUCUGGCCUCUUGCAAACCUACUUCUGAGAAGAAGGACAGGGUGCAUCACUCGGUUGACCUGGGUGAACGGGACCACGAGGAUCAGAAAGGCUACCAGUUUGAUCAUGAGGCCUUCCUGGGGAAGGAAACAGCCAAGACCUUCGACCAGCUCACGCCAGAGGAGAGCAAAGAGAGGCUGGGGAAAAUCGUUGACCGGAUUGACCAGGAUAAAGAUGGUCUGGUCACCGCAGAGGAGUUAAUCACCUGGAUCAAGCGUGCACAGAACAGGUACAUCGAUGAGAAUGUUAAUAAGAACUGGAAGGAAUACGACAGUAAUCGGGAUGGGAAGGUGUCAUGGGAGGAGUACAAGAAUGCUACGUAUGGAUUCUACCUGGGUGAAGAGUUCAAUGAUGUGGAUGACAAGGAAGCCUACAAAAGGAUGUAUAAGAGAGAUGAGCGUAGAUUCAAGAUGGCGGACAAAGAUGGCGAUCUGAUUGCCACACGGGAGGAGUUUAGCGCAUUCCUUCACCCUGAGGAGUUUGACUACAUGAAGAGCAUUGUUGUCACGGAAACAAUUGAAGAUAUUGACAAAGAUGGUGAUGGAAUGGUUAAUCUGGAAGAAUACAUCAGUGACAUGUACACACCUGAAGAAGGUGAGCCCGAGCCUGAUUGGGUUAGGAAUGAAAAAGAGCAAUUCCGUGACUUCCGUGACACAAACAAGGAUGGAAAACUUGACCACAAUGAGAUCGAGCAUUGGAUCCUCCCCGGAGACUAUGAUCACACAGAAGCAGAGGCCAGACAUCUUAUCCACGAGUCUGACAAAAACCAGGAUGAGAAAUUGACAAAGCAAGAGAUUUUAGACAACUGGAAUAUGUUUGUUGGCAGCCAAGUGACCAAUUAUGGGGAGGAUCUGACACGUAAACACGAUGAGCUGUGAUCCUUGAUGCACAAUUUCCCAUCAAUGAACCCAUCGGAAUUGGCACCAAUCCAAAGGAAUUGCAUUUUUUUUAUUUUGCCUAACCCAAGACGUGUCUAAUUUGAAUUGUGAUCAAAAUUGUUAAUUGUAUUUAUUUAACUGAUUCAUUAACCCUCUGUGGGAGUGAAUUUCCAUCAAGUUGACCCCCACCCCAACACCCAAAAAUGUGUUCUGGUGUAGAACUCCAUACAAUGCCCAUCUGACUGCCCCAUCUACUAUAAGCCACGUGAGGUCCAAGUAUUAGAUUAAAUUUGACCUGAGUUUUAAUUGGUGGGUUUGCAAAUGUAUUUAUCCCAACACGGUUUUCAAAUUCCAGAGGAAAGAUUUCUCUUUGAGAAUCCCUUCGCCAGCCGGGAAAUCUUUGCCAUUCUUGUUUUCUGUGGGGGUGGGGGGAAAAUUUGUUCAAAAUCAGUGGGCAGUUGGGGCAGGUACUGCACACAAUCCUGUUCUAGUUUGAAAUUAAGCAAUCAAAAAAAAAAUUGGGACUAGCAGCCCACAAAAUGCAGUGUAAGAAAAGUGAAGCCUUUCAAAGGAAGAGUACACAUUUUUAAAUUAGAGAUGCUUUGAGGGUGAUCCUGUUCUAUUGCAAAAGUGUUUGAAGCCAGUGGGAGCUUGAUGGAAAAUUCAUUUCUCACUGCAUCCAAUCUAAUACCUGGCAGGUGAAGUCUAGGAGUAUCUAAAUUAGGAAGGGUGCUCUUAACCCCAUGCCUAAUGAGUGGUGCUCCCAGCAGCCAGCUAUUUACUCACUUAAUGUAGUACCUUUUUUUGCCUUGAUGGGAUAUGUUUGGGGGGAGGGAGAGAGGAGUGUAAAUGGGUGUACAAGAAAGGGGAAACCAUCCCAAAUAAUAGAUGCUAAUCUGUGGUGUGUGUGUAUGUGUGUGUGAGCGAGCGAGUCUGCCUGGUGUUUGUCCUCUGUGGGGACCUGUGCCAUAUCGUGACACACCAGAUCCAGUUUUGAUAACAGAUGUCUGAACUUUGAUGGGUUGAGAAUGAAGGGGAGCAUUUGUUUUGGGUCCAGUUUUUUUUCUGUUCUGUUUAAGAGUGUUGAAUAUAAAAGUAGUUUUCUCCCCUUGUCCCCAAGCCUUGCUCAGUUCUGCUCACUGUAUAGUGUGUCUGGGUACUGUCAUUAGAACAGUGAUUGUCGACUUUAUUUUCUUUCCUGAAGCUCCAUUUUUGUCCAGUAUCUCCUGUUGGAGGACAGGAAGUCUGUCAUUAAUAGAAGGUUGGUCUUAUGAGGGAGUGAAGGGAUGAGAAGCAGGAAUUGCCCAACUCUCCAUUUCUAAAAGGUGUAGCAUUGCUGCAGAGGAGAGCUGAUUCAAUACUGACCUAAAUGUGUAGGUUCAAAUGUUGGAUGUGUAUAAAGCUGCUGCAGGCUUUAAAACUCCCUGAUUUCCUAGUAGGAAAGAUCUGCCCAUAUUUAAUGUGCCUUAAAUACCUGGAGAAUUUUAAAGCCUGGAAUGCACACCUUGUAUUGGUGCCUUUUUUCUUACCUCCAAAUAGGAAUGUGUAGCUUGUUACAAACACUAAUUCACUUUUUAUAUUAUAUUGAAAACCUGUGAAUCCCACUCUGAUACUGAGCUGCAUGUGGAGAGCUGGAGGGUCCCAGGAACAGAUACUGCCCCAGAUUUGAACAGACUCUGAGAAGGGAGCUCCGAGUGCGAGUCAGUGUCACUUCGGCUCAUGCUGUGUUAGCAAAGAUUGUGCAAUCACCAUUCUUGCUACUGCUUUUCUGAAUAGCAGAUGGGAAUGCUGCUUCAUUACAUGGCAGUGAGAUACUCCAUUGAUUGCCUGAUCUACUCUCUACAUGCAGGUAGAGUGGCCUCUGUAAGGUGCCAUCAUGAGAAAUCAUUCCCCUCCCCUCGGAACAGGCUUUUGAAUGGGGUCAGGGAGGCGGGGUGAAAAUAUACUAAGAAAAGCUAUAAUGUUAAUUGAUUCAUUCACACCAUGUGGACCUCAAAGACUGUUGUCAGGAGCCGUUGCAAUAUGUUACUGAAAAUCCAUUGUAUUUUUUGUCUUAUGCCAUUGUCCUUUAGAGAUUAAAUUUAUAGAAUUGUACUGUAUUUUGAGAGGCUGUUCCUGCUGUCACCUUCAUUCUAACAUGACGUCUUGCUUCUGUGUUAGGAUGGCAAACUUUCAAAAGAAGAAAUCUUGGAGAAGUAUCACAGAUUCAUAGGGAGCACUGUGACAGAUUUUGGAGAGUUGAUGGUUCAACAUGAUGAGUUUUAACCAGCACUGAUCACUGAGUCUCAUUUUCCCAUCAUUGUUGUAUGUAAGAAGCUGUGUAGUUUCCUGUCAUUUGAAGGGUGGGGAGGGCUAGAUUUUAACUUGUACAAGAAUGCAGACACUCUCUUAAUUCACUUCUUUUGAGGAUUUUGUCCCAGCUCCUUUAUCAGUCCUUACUUAAUCCUCGCACCUUUAUUUCAAUGCAUCUUCCACUUUUGCAGAGCCAGAUUUUAGCAGAUUAAGGUUUUGGUAAUCUUGUGACAAAUUGAGGAUAGGAAGAGAAGGGAGUGGUAUAGAGGAGAGGAAUCCUUGUGGUUACGUGUGAGGUUUGGCACUGGGGUGUGUUUGUUGGCAAAGGGUAUAUUGGAUAUUACAAAGGUAUUUGUGGCAUAGUAUAAUGUUACUGGACUAGUUAUUCUGGAGCUCAAGUUUCACAUCCCUGGAGUGGAUUCGUAAACUCCAUUAAUAUAAGCUGGAAUUGAGUUUGUCAGAACAUGGCUAUUGUUGCUAGUAACUUUUUUUUAAACCAACCGCCUGAGUUCGAAAAUGUCAUUUGGGAAAAGAAAUAUGCUAUCCUUACCUAGUCUAACCUACAUGUGCCUCCACACCCACAAUGUGGUUGAUGUUCAACUGCUCUGAAGGGCAGUUGGAAUAGGUAACAAACUUAUGAAACAAAAAAUGUGAAGUAAACUGCAUCUAACCAUGGAGUAUGAGCUGGGUACACAACAGCUGAGGUUACCAUGAUGUUCCCACCUCCUCAACCUUGCCUUAAGUGUGGUGACCCUCAGGUUAAACUACAACCAUUAUCUCUAUCUAUCUCUCUUAACAAGAGAGCAGCCCUCCAGUCUUCUGGGACUAUGUCCACUUUACCUUUGACAGGUAUAGCUGAUGUUGACACAUGAUUCUCUCUGUGACACUAUUACCCUUUCUCAGCUCGGAAGUUCCGCUCUGAUCCUGGUGUGAACGUUGCUGUUGGGUGCCAUUGAGAAGAACCAGCUAACUCCCAACAACCACGCAAUGGAACACCUACUGAAAUAAUUGGUUUGACCAAGUUAAAACUCCUGUAAAUUAUGUCAUUACUCUCUGUCCAUGCAGUACAAUGUACCCUUUGGUGCUUGUUGGCUCUGAAAGGCUUAUGGACACCUUCAUUUAGUUCCAAGGUCACCCAGACCUGAACAAGGCUGGCCUACCUCCCUAAUGAGGAGGAAAGCGUCAGUGAAGCUUGGAAGUAUGUUUCUCAAUGAUGGUAACUUCCUUCAAUCCUUGUGCCCUGCUGUGUGUUUGGAAUACAGUGUCCCUACCUUUGAACCAGGAGGUUUAGAUUCAAGUCCAACCUGCUCCAAUGGUGUGUCAUAACAGUUGGGGGGUGGGGGCGCAGGUUUAAAAAAGUCUACAAACACACCAGCUACAGAUUAUGUGGAAAAUACAGUGCCAUUGACCUUCCCAACCCUUCAUAUUAAGACAAAAUUCCAUCACUAAAUUCACCUCAUUUGAAUUAUUACAUCCCCUGAGGUGACUAUUCAGCCUCUGAAGCUGGUCCCAACUUGCUGUAGACUAAUGAAGUCAGUCUCAUUCCUCCCCUUUAUUCCCUUAGCCCUGCAGGCUUAGUCCCCUACAUAUCCAUCCUACUAACCUUUAGAAACUAUUCUCCCUUCUUCCAUCACCCUCAUGGGUUGCGUGUUCCAGAACAUAAACUGCUCACUGUAAAAAUGAUUGUUGUCCUCCUCCCACCCCACUUACCUAACUACAUCUCCCUAUAUCCACUUCCCCACCUCUUGAACCAUCAGCAAACAGGAACAGCUAUGUCUACCUUCACCAAAACCUAUCUUUGUAAAAUCUCCUUUGCUUCAGGGAGAACAAACCCCAGGUCAGAGUCCACAAUCCACUCAUUGUUCAUCAGAGGUGAAGCUUGGCAGCAAUUGGUCUUCUAAUUCUUAGUAGGGUUGCCAACUGUGGUUAAAUGCAUUCCUGAGGUUAAUUACAUGAUUCCCCACCCCCCCUCCAAUUCAACAUUUUUAUUUGUGAUGAUGUGGGUCCCUGAGUUUGCUCAUUGCUCCAGUCUGGCCUUCAAUCUCUGGGCAAUCCUAGAAGAACUGGCUGUAAUCGAGUCUCGGGGAGAAGUAGACCAUCAAAUUGGGCCUACUGCCCCUGAUUACUAAACUCUGACCCUUACAGUGAUGGAGCCCACACUCUGGCUGCAGUUGCUUUUUGAGCCAUUACCAAGAAAAUUCACCAGUGAAUUUUGAGAGUCUGUAGCUUUGGAACUGUACCCAAGUGAGAGUCAGCCUCCAAAUUGUUGUGUGGGUGAAUGUGGUAAUGGGUGUUGGUGGUGGGGGUGUGAGGGAAAGAAAGAGAAUACCAAACUGCUUUGAGCCCCACAGGUUUUCAGAAUUUGCAUGUCACUGUUGUAUUUAGGAGAAUCUAAGAUGCACAUGUGGGAAUAGUAUCUCAUCCCGUGUUACCAACUUCUGUGCCUUUAAGAGUUUGUCAAUAAAUCUUUUAUUAAAAGUUAA